UUUCUUUGCAUGUGAAGGAGUGAGAAUGAGAGAGUGGGGACAGCGUGGGAGAAGGGGAGCAAUGCCGUUCGUGUCCGAGUGCGGGCGGCGGGGCGGCGGCAGUGGCAGCUCCAGCGGGUCGUCGUUGUCAGCGCGGCGGGGAAGUGAUAGCAGGGCUGGGGUGCUGCAAUGGGAUGAGGUGGAGGAGAUCGAUGGAGAGGUGCAGAGCUCGUACAGGGGACCCUUCGACACAAUGGACGCGCUCCAGGACGCGCUACCAAACAAAAGGAAAGGAGCAUCCAAAUUCUACAAUGGCAAAACGAAUUCUGUGGCAGAUGCUGCUCAACCGGCAAAAGGCACUGCUGAUCCUGUGAACCCAUCCCCUAAGAAGCGCAAGGGCUUCCUUUCAUUCGGCUUCAGCUGGACCAAGUCUUGGAGCAGACGUGGUGCAACCAGCAGCUCAGAGAACUUCGGGAAGACGCUGUCUGCAGCCCUUACAGGCAGUGCUCAAGGCAACAGCAGGGGCGGUGUCCAUGAGCACCAGGGCUGUCAAGACCCUGCUGCCCACUGCCUGCAUCUGCACAGGAGGUCCAACAUGCCUGGCGUCUCUGCUUCCCCGCCUGGACCUGGUGCCCUUCGGCCUCAGCUGAUCUCAGUGCAGAUGCAGUCGGUGUCUGUGGCUGGUGUGGAGGACGUGGCGGAGUCCACCGCCUCAGUUUCUCCCAGAGAGAAGCGCAGGAGGAGCUUGCAGUAGUGACAGUUUCGUCUGUCCAGUUCAGUUAGUUGCUCCACCCACUGGUGCCCGUUUUAAGAACGCGGAAUCCAGUUGCCGGUGCUCCCAAAUUCUCAGUGCAAUGGAUGCUUUAUAAUGCAAGGUUGAAGCUGCAAUUGUGUAUAGUGGUGCUAUAGCUGCUAAGUUUCUUACCCUUAUUAUACAUAUAUAAAAUAAUGGACUAAUGAUAGAUAUGCUGAA